AUGGUCGGCCACUCGUGUGCUGUCACUAUUCAGUCUUCUAAAGCCGCGGAGGUGCUAGACUACGUGCUAUCAACCGAUGAUAAGUCUAAUCCCUACAACCAUCGAUCGCCGAUGACACCUAAAAUGGAGGAUACAUCACCUAGACCAGGCUCAAGCGAUCAGGCAGACGGGGUUAUCCUUCGCCCCCGAACGGCAAGCAGUAAGCGUCCAAUGACUUCCAACUCUCAGCGACCAGUAUCCCGAGGCUCGACAAUUUCACUCUCGUCGAUUGCUGCGUUGUUUGAGAGCCCAGAGAUGCACCAGCGCUUAAACCUUGAUGAAAUCGACGGAAUCAAGGAAGACUUACGCGAGGCAUUAAAUGAGGAGCGCCAACUGCUUCUCGAGGACAUCGAUUUUAUUCAGGGCUGUCUCGAAAUGGAAAAAGAUCUCAUUGACGACGACCGGAGAAAAGUUGCUGAUGCUAAGCCACCACCACCACUUAGAGAUUUGCAUGAACUUCAUAUGAGUUAG